AUCAAACAAAGCUUCUCUCUCUCUCUCGCCUAUCAUCUUUUUCCAGUUCGCUAUCAGACAUAUUUGAAACCCCAUAACUCAUAAAGCUUCACUCUUUUCCACAAUCUCUUACUCCAAAGUUUUCUUCUUUCCCCCCAAAAAAUUAUAAUGGUCGACGUUGAUCGGAGAAUGACCGGUCUCAGACCAGCUCACGCCGCUGGUCUCCGUCGUCUCUCUGCUCGCGCCGCCGCACCAACAACACCAACGGUUAGAAACAGUCUCGUCUCUUUCUCUUCUCUCGCCGAUCAAGUAAUCUCACACUUACACACUUCAAGGAUCCAAGUCCAACCGGGUCUAACCGACUCCGAAUUCGCUAGAGCAGAAGCAGAGUUUGCAUUCGCUUUUCCACCGGACCUCCGUGCUGUUCUCACCGCCGGUUUACCAGUCGGCGCCGGAUUUCCAGACUGGCGUUCUCCCGGAGCUCGUCUUCAUCUCAGAGCUAUGAUCGAUCUUCCUAUCGCCGCCGUGUCGUUUCAGAUCGCGAGAAACACUCUCUGGAGCAAAUCUUGGGGUUUAAGACCAUCCGACCCGGAAAAAGCUUUACGGGUCGCGAGAAAUGCUCUCAAAAGAGCUCCUUUGAUGAUACCAAUCUUUGAUCAUUGCUAUAUUCCUUGUAACCCGUCUUUAGCGGGUAACCCGGUUUUUUAUAUUGACGAGACCCGGAUUUUCUGUUGCGGGUCGGAUCUUUCUGAUUUCUUCGAGCGUGAGUCUGUGUUUAGAGGGUCUGACACGUGUCCGGUUGUUUUAACGAAGCAGCGUUCGGUGAGUGAGAAAUCAGCCGGGUCGUCGUCGUCUUCUUCAUCAAAUUUUUCGAGAAUGAGUUUAGAUUCGGGUCGGGUUCACGGGUCGAGUACACCGAGAUGGGUUGAGUUUUGGAGUGACGCGGCGGUUGAUCGUCGGAGGAGAAACUCUGCUUCUUCUAUGUCGUCGUCACACUCUUCAUCGCCGGAGAGAUAUUUAGAUUUACCAAGAUCCGAGACACCGAAAUGGGUCGACGAUUACGUGAACCGGAUCGGGUCGGUUUUAAGAGGAGGCGGGUGGAGCGAAUCCGACGUUGAUGAUAUUGUACACGUGUCAGCAUCUGGUUUUUUUGAGGGUGAAAUGGUAAUUUUGGAUAAUCAAGCCGUUCUUGAUGCAUUGCUUUUGAAAGCGGGUCGGUUCUCGGAGUCGCUCCGAAAAGCUGGAUGGAGCUCCGAAGAAGUAUCGGAUGCACUUGGUUUUGAUUUUCGACCGGAGAAGGAGAAGAAACCGGUGAAGAAGCUAUCUCCUGAACUUGUCCAACGAAUCGGGAAACUUGCUGAGUCGGUUUCUCGGUCAUGAUUAUUAUUCCCCGAUCGAGAUUCUUUUCACUUUUAAUUAGACCUCAAACAAUACGUUUAUUAAAAACAACACACCAUUAGAUUUUAACGUUUUCAAAAAGUCUAAAUAUGUGUAAUCUUGCAUUCGUUAUUAGAAGAAACAAGAAAUUUUAAAAAUUGGAGAGCGUUGUACUGUUAGAAAAAAGAACACUAAAUAGUAAUAAAUAAAUCCAAUUAUGUACAGUGUGAUUUAGGUUGGGUUAAUUUGAACAAUUUCAUUUCUUGGGGUGUUUUUAGAGUAUUUACUUUUGGGAUAAGGUUCGAUUGUGGAAUAUCUCUAAAAUCUUCAAAAAGAAGCACAAACGCACGUGUGACAACUUUUCCCAAACAAAACGCGGAAUAGCAACGUUAUUGGGGUCCGCGAAUGAUGCCAAACCGACGUCGUUUUCUUAACGUAACGCUGCUGUCUUUUAUUACCAUUGUAGUUUGCACCAUAUCGAACGACGUAAAAAACACU